AUGCCUCCCCAAAUCAAGACCGACCUGAAUCGCAGCGGCUGGGAAACGACCGACUUCCCGUCCGUGUGCGAAAAGUGUCUGCCGGACAACCCGUACGUGCAGAUGCUGAAGGAGGACCACGGCGCAGAAUGUAAAAUCUGCACACGCCCAUUCACCAUAUUUCGCUGGAAAUCCGAUCGCACAGCCCGACAGAAGCGCACCAACAUCUGCCUGACGUGCGCGCGCCUCAAGAACUGCUGCCAGUGCUGCAUGCUGGAUCUGUCGUUCGGCCUGCCGCUCGUUGUCCGUGACGCAGCGCUGAAGAUGGUUGCGCCCGGGCCGCAGAGCGACAUCAACCGACAGUACUACGCACAGGAGCACGAGCGCGAGAUCGAGGAGGGCAGAGGCGUCAUGGAAGCAUACGAAAAGACCGACGAGAAGGCACGCGACCUGCUGAAGCGUCUGGCGCAGAGCGAGCCGUACUACAAGAAGCAGCGACGUCUGGAGGCAGACACCGAAGAGGGCGCGCAAAAGGCGCUUCCCGCACCAGGCACUGGCGGAGGAUCUGCAUACGGGCACACGGGAGGGCCGAUCAGGACACGAGACUCGAGAGGUGGAGCCAGCAGUGCGCGAGGAGGCAUGAGGCCUGCACGAGGGGGACGCGCUGCAGGACCACCGGCACAGCCCAACCCCCAGGACUGGUUACCGCCACCUGACCCGAACGUUGCGUCGCUCUUUGUCACGGGUGUCGAAGACGACCUCCCCGAACACGAGCUGCGCACUCAUUUCGCACAGUACGGCCAGCUACGGUCGCUGGUAUGCUCGCAUCGCGCUCACUGCGCCUACGUCAACUACGUCAAGAGGCAGGAUGCCGAGACGGCUGCAGAAGCACUCAAAGGCAAAGUAGUCAUCAAGGGCUGCCCUAUGCGGGUGACAUGGGGCAAGCCGAAACAGUUGGACAGUCUGGACCAGAACGUCAGAAUGCAGUACGCAAGGGAAGGCAGACAGGCAGCCGGUCCACGGCGAGCGGCGGCACAGGCUGCGAUCGAGGCGCCCCCACAGAAUGACUUGGACAGCCUGGCGCUGGCCCCUCCACCGUCGGGCGACGACGAAGCCAGCUACCCCAGUCUGGCGGGCAACUAG